CGAAGUCUGGCGGCGCGUUUCCAUCACGUCGGUCUGCAAGUCGGCUUUCUUGUAGGCAGCAGGACCAAACAAUCACUCAUUGAUCAGGCGUAAACGACUAUUUAUUGGCGCAUUGCUCUCUCGCGCAAAGUAUUCUUUCAAGUCUUGUUCGUCACUUUCGAAAACAAACUGCUCCUGUGAUUCACCUGCAAAAAAAAAAAAAAAAAAGAGCCCGACCUUUUCCCAAAGGCACUACGACAAUCUCUCGCGUCGAACGUCUGCACCGAAAACCUAGACGUCACAUCCUUUUUCCGCAGCCAUGUCGGGCCUAUUUGGCGGCGGCGCGGCGGCCGCGCAGCCCAACACGGUCGGCGACCUCAAGAACGACGUGGCGAUCGCGAACCCGCCCGAAGACAGCAUCUCAGAUCUCGCAUUCAACCCGAACCAAGCAGACCAAAAGGACUUUCUCGCAGUGUCAAGUUGGGACAAGAAGGUGCGCAUCUACGAGGUACUGGGCAACGGGACCGCGGAGGGGAAGCACGCCUACGAGCAUGAUGGUCCGGUGUUUAGCGUUGAUUACUACAAGGACGGCACCAAGAUUGUGUCGGGCGGCGCAGACAAGCAGGCCAAGGUCUGCGACAUGAACACGGGCCAGACGGCGCAGGUUGCGCAGCACGAAAAACCGGUGCGCUCAGUGCGGUGGUUUGACAACAAUGGCAGCCCGAUGGUGAUCACGGGUUCGUGGGACAAGACGGUCAAGUACUGGGACCUCAGGCAGCAGUCGCCCGUAGCGACGCUGCAGUGCCAGGAGCGCGUCUACACCAUGGACGUUCGCGACAAGCUGCUCGUCAUCGGCACGGCGGACCGCUACAUCAACGUAGUCAACUUGAACGAGCCGCAGAAGUUCUAUAAGACGCUGCAAAGUCCACUUAAAUGGCAGACGCGUGUAGUGAGCUGCUUCACCGACGCCAACGGUUUUGCUAUUGGCAGUAUCGAGGGCCGUUGCGCCAUCCAAUAUGUGGAGGAUAAGGACUCCAGCUCCAACUUCUCGUUCAAGUGCCAUCGAGAUGCUCCACAGGGCAGCGUGACUAGCGUCCACGCCGUCAACGACAUCUCGUUCCACCCGGUACACGGCACCUUUAGCACGGCCGGUUCCGAUGGCACGUUCCACUUCUGGGACAAGGACGCAAAGCACCGUCUCAAGGGUUACCCGAAUGUCGGCGGCAGCAUCACCGCGACGACCUUCAACAAGAACGGCAACAUCUUUGCCUACGCCGUUAGCUACGACUGGGCCAAGGGCUACCAGGGCAACAACAGCACGUAUCCCAACAAGGUCAUGCUCCAUCCCGUUCAGCAGGACGAGUGCAAGCCGCGCCCGUCUGUGAAGAAGCGAUGAGAGAACCAAUAAAAAUACACAAAAACAGGGGGACGCCAAGAAAUGGGGAGAUAUGAGGAGAUUUUUAUUGAACUUGGGUGUAUCUGUGGUAACAGAAUCGCCAAGCAGCCGAUGAAUGGACUAACAGGCCAAUGCCCUGAGUCUAAUGGUUAUUCCUUGGGAAGUCGUAGGGAUAGUACUGUGUUGGAAUAUGCUCUGGUGGGGCCGAGCCUCCAUGUGACGGGAAACGAAGAGGUCCGACGGGUGUUCGGAUGGAUCUCGGGAUUUGGCGAGAGACAGCUGGAAGGUCAACGACCAGUGUGACAGAUUUUUUUGACUGUUUGUCUUUUAUUUUUAUUUUUUUUUGCGAUGGGUGGAGUGAAAACGAUAAGUUUGACGCAAUUGGCACAAGGCGGUUGCAUCAUUUUAAGUUCAGCCAAGUUAGAUGGGGAAGCGUUCAUGAUCAAUGACGAUACCACUUCCAACAGACCACACACUUGGCUUGAACUUUGGGGGCACGAUAGCUCAAGCUGGCAAAAUUGUUGCUGGCUGUUUGUUUAUAGCACUUGAGGAAUGUUAUACUACCAUUCCAGUAGAUAGAUCAAA